AUGAACUUUACGCGCAAAAUCGACCGCGCCAUGCAGUGGGCUGGCGAGAAGAUGGGCGCCGAGGCCAAGGCCACUCACACCGACGAGUUCAAAGAGCUCGAGUCCGAGAUGGACAUUAGACAUGAUGGCAUGGAGCGUCUCCUCAAAUCCAUGAACAUCUACACCCGGUGGCUCUCGCGCCAUUGCGACGCCCUCGAGGACAGAAACCGCAGCAUCCCGCUUGCUCACCUCGGCCGGACCAUGUCUGCUCACGCGGCCGAGCUGCCCGAUACCGAGUACAGUCGCCGUCUCGCCUCCAUGGGCAAUGCCAACGAGCAGCUCGCCGAGCUUCAGACCACAUAUCUGGACUGUGCCAAUGCCACCUGGCAGACGCACAUUGAGCAGAACCUGAGCAUGAUGAAGGAAUAUCAGGCCGCUCGCAAGAAGCUCGAAAGCCGCCGACUCGCCUACGACGCCACCAUGGGCAAGAUGCAAAAGGCCAAGAAGGACGACAUUCGCCUCGAAGAAGAGCUGCGCGUCAACAAGACCAAGUUUGACGACAGCACCGAAGACGUUUUCCAGCGCAUGUCGGACAUCAGAGAGGCCGAGCAAGACACAAUCGGUGCCCUGACGUCGUUUCUCGAUGCCGAGCUGGAAUAUCACGAACGCGCUGCCAACGAACUGCGCCGCAUCCGAAAGGCGUGGGCGGCUGGUGGUUCCGAGCCCAGCUAUUCGCCUACGCAGAGAGGAAGACCUGAUAUGGAUCGCCUCUACACCAACGUGCCGGUCCGGUCACAGUCUGUCCGACACAGCGUCAUCAACGAGGCAUACGAGGACGCUCCCCCGCAGCCCGUUGCCAGACUCACUCGCACCAUGACGUCGCGAGAGCCUCCUCCUCCCCCGCCUCCCCCGGCUUCAAGCAGACCCCCCAUCCUGAGAUCGGCCACCUUUGAUUCCCGACAACCGCCCGUGAUCCGCGCCAGAGCCGCGUCGACUUCGUUUUCCAGGGCACCGGCGCCCAGCGUCCCUGAAAGCAGAAGCGAAGACAUCUUUGACGACAACUCCAUCUACAGCGGGAACAACACCCCGAGCUGGGGGGAGCGCAGCGUCAGCCCGGCCACGAGCUACGGCAGCUUCAACGUGAACCAGAUGCCGGUAGAGUCCAAGAAAGCACCGCCUCCUCCUGUGAACCGCGCCAAGAAGCCUCCGCCUCCCCCCAUCCCCCGGAAGAUGUCCACCCCGGGAUAUUGA